AUGAUAUAUUUUUCGAAUGUCUUUGCCUAUUGUCAAUAUCUCAAAUCUCUCGCGUAUCAACUCAAGAAUGUUGGUUCCCCAGUCGCUAACGAUCGACUAGUUCUUCAACUGGUCUCUGUCCUUAUCGAGCCCUACCAAGGUGUGAACACUCUUAUUCACCAAUGUGACCCGUUGUCUCAACUUUAUCAAGCUCGUUCGAUGCUCACUCUUGAGGAGGCUAGUCAUGCUAAGAAAGUAUCCCAAAGCUCUUUUGCUGCCUUAGUUGCUCGCUCGCCCGAGGGUCCUCCUGAUGUUCCUGAUAAUUCAUCUUCUAACCGCAAUUCUAAUGGCGGCAAAGAAGCUGCCAGCAGCGGCGGUAAUAUAGGCCGUGGUGGUCAGUUGGGAGGUGGCAACAGUCGCGGCACUGGGCAGCAGUCAGUGGGGCAGAACCCUCCACCCUAUUCUCCAUGGGAUGGCAGGCAGCAGUGGCCGUGGAUGGCAUCAUGGGGUGUUCUUGGCCCUCGACCUCAGCAGGCCUACACGGCAGCCCCUCCUCCUACAAACAUUGAAGCUACCAUGCAUUCUCUUGGUAUCACUUCUCCGAAUGAUUUUCAGAUGGGGAGGCUGAUAAUGAGGUAUAACAGUCCGGGAGAGCUUUAUCCAAUCACCAAUUCAGUCACUUCACCAUCUACAUUUGCUGCUUUGGCACAAUCUCUUUGGCAUGUUCGUUUGGGUCACCCGGGAGCACCUGUGUUGAAUUCCCUUAGGAAGAAUAAAUUGAUUGAUUACCGAGAACAAGUUAGAGCUUCACAAAAUGAGUUAAAAGUUGGUGAUCAAACUUGUGCAAGAGCUGUUUGA